UUUAACGGACGUCAAAAGUAUUCCCAAGUAUAUGUACACGACAGCGUUUGAACUUAAACUGGGGAAUGCAUUUGUUCUAUUUGAACGCUUUUAUAACGUCCGUUAAAAAAACUCUCGUGCGAAUGAGGGCUUAAUGUAUAUGUAAUGUUAAUGUAUAUGUAAUUUUAGUGGACUCAAAGGUGAUUACAAAAUUAAGAAAACUAAUGUCGAACAAAGGUUAUGAUUCACAACACUUGUCAGGACAACUUAAUUAACAAAUCAAACUGUAACCAAAAUAAGAUCCUAGAAUGGCAGAGAAUGACCUUGAGAGUCACGUACUUGUGAACGAUGUGUGUAGGGUUAAAGGCGCCUUUAACUGUUAAAAAACACUCCCCUUUUCCACUCAAGUCACUCUCCCCGCCUAUCCCAAGUAACCCAUAAAGAAUUACACAACAAGAUAUGUGGACGGCUCGAACGCCACGAGCACACUGAAGCGGUCCGUACCACAAGUCGUUGCAUUGCGUCGAUAACAGUAACGUUUCAGACCCGUACGGUUAAAUGUAAAAAGCCCUUACGUAUAGAUAAGCCGAUACGGGAGGUCUAUUCUGUAACUAUGUUUUAUAUAACUCGUGCAUACGUCGAAUUCACCUCUCUUUCUGUAAUAUCGUGUUAGACAGAGAGAUAUAGAGGUAAAUUCGAACGCGAGAUGUACAAGACAUCGUUACAGAAUAGCAGUGGUCCCAAUGUUUUCCAGGUGGAGAAUGAUCCGUACUACAACCCUUACGACAGCUCGUACCGAAUCGCGUUCCUGUACAAGAGAAUAUUUCGCCUUGUGAAUAGGGUGAAAGAAAUUAUCAAGACGAUGAGAUUUAAUGAGAGAUGGUGGCUACAAGAUAAGAGAUGGAGAAGUAACGCAGAAGACGUCGAGCGAGCUCUGACCCUGCACCACAAGGCUGCCAAGCUUCACGUGGACUUCAUCUACCAGUGGCGCGUGCUCAUGCUACUCGACGAAACCUUCCAUCUUGACCAUGGGCUGGUCAUCACCAAGCCGCCGCCUGGAAGUUUCAUAUAUUGGAAACCUCCUCCUGAACCGUAGAUUAUGACGCGUUCCAGGGAUCAUCAAAAUACGUGUGCAUUUUAUAAA